UGGUGCCCGCUCGAGCCAUUCGAAGAUCAACGGGAGUGUACGUCACAAAUAACCAGUGCCAGCAUUGCAAACUUUGAGGACACUUCAUGUCAUUGGUGGGACUUUAUUGAUGAUUUGUUUACAGUUUCACAUGGAGAAACGGUAGCAGAGGUGUUCCCUCAAUGGUUGAGACUCGCUUGGAAGCGUGGACAUUUCUACCACGCGUACGAUCUGAAUAUGCCUUCACUCAUUCCGAACCGACCGAUGGAGCAUUUUCGCUAUGAUCCUCCAUUAAGUGAGCACGGCUAUCUUUCUGCUGAGGUCGCAGGCCAUUCAAUCAAAUUGGCAGGAUAUGAACCUUUCCAGAUUUACUCGUCGCCCGAACUUCGUUGUGUGCAGACAGCAUCUGCUAUUAUCCGAGCUUUCGAACCUACCACAAUUCAAAUUUGUAUGGAGCCAUCUCUCGCCGACUGGGUGCAGUUCACUCCAAAAGACAUUUCUAAACAGUGGCUGAUUCCCCAACAGGUCCCAUUAUGUGCCUUUUUUUCACAACUUGGUUAUCCCGUGAAUUCGCUGUAUAAGCCAUAUCUUUCUGAAGUUCCUACGUCUGAAUCACCAGAUGACUACCUACGGCGAUUAAGUCGCUUCUUCAACGCGAUCUCAGAGCCUAACAAGAGGUGA